UUUUAAUGAUAAACAAGUUGGUAUCGCUCUUCAAACUUUAAUACAAGCAGAUACAUACACGACCAGUGAAGUCUCUAAUUACUUGAUGCGAAAUGGCCGAGAAUAGGACAUUCGCUGAUCUAUAUCGUUACAAACAAAAGGUUAUAAAGGGACACCUAUUUCCAAGCUUUACAGACUUCAAGGCAAUAGAAGAAAUGGACAAAUUGGAGAUUCGAAGUGAUGACAUUUUGAUCAGUUCAUAUCCUCGGUCGGGAACACACUGGGCUGUUGAAUUAGUAGAUAUAAUACGCAGAGAUGGAGACAUUGAGAGCGGAAGCCACAUCCAUAUACACGACAAGUUUAGAUGGCUCGAAAUACCCAGAGAAUAUCUUAAAGGCGGUGUAAGUUUAGCUGAUUUUGAAGGAGUUGGUAGUCCGAUAACUGAUGCUGCUGCGAUGCCGUCUCCAAGAUUACUAGUAACUCACAUGGGGUAUGACUUACUCCCUGAGGAAGCAAAGCAAGGAAGGUGUAAGACCAUAGUUGUCUUCCGGAAUCCCAAAUCUGCACUUGUCAGUCACAUGCACCUCCUCAAUUCUUUCUCAGCUGCGUACAAAUCUCUCUUCAAUAUGGAUAUUAUGCUAAAUGGAGAGCUCACGGAAACAAAUGACAAAACGGCGUGGGGAACUUGGUUUAACUUUGUGAAAGGAUGGUGCUCCAACAAAGACAGGCUACGAAAAUACGUUCUGUUUAUUAGAUAUGAAGAAAUGGUGAAGGACAUGGCUAAAGUUGUGAGAGAUGUAGCAACAUUUCUAGACAAGAGUCUCACCGAAGAGAAAGUGCAAACAAUAGUUGAUCACUUGUCAUUUGGGAAUAUGAAGAAGAAUCCCAGCACAGGUGAUGCCUUCCAGCAUAUGAAGAAAUCUGUCGGUAGUGAUGGUGACACUCCACAUAUGAGAAAGGGCAAAAUUGAUGACUGGAAAAAGUACAUGACUGUGAAACAAAGUGAGAGAUUAGAUGCCUACUUUGGAAAUACUCUGGAAAAUAUGGGACUACACUUUCAAUAUGAAUAA